CUUAGUGAUAAUGAACCGACACUAUUUUACAACAUUGGGUCAUAUUUUGAAACACAACCCAACACUAACUCCAAUGAAAAUUCCCAAAGAAAGCCCCAUCCUCAAAAUGGCUAUUUUUAUUUUUUUAAUUUUUUAUUCUUUGUGAAAGGAUUGAUACGAAAUACCAAAAACAAAAAAAAGAAAGAAAGUAAAAGAAAAGAACUCACACGUACUUCAGUACGUGGCACUUCUUAAGACCCCCUGAACGCCACGCGUCAUUCAGUAAAUCUUACCGACGAACCGUAACUCUGAAACCCAAUUAAAAACCCGGAUUAAGCCAACCGCUUUGUAAACAAUAACAGUAACACUGAAACAGAGAAAAAAAAGAGUGAAAAAAAAAAACCCUGCAAAAAUGAUGAAUUUGAUUGCCAUAAGUUUGAUUGCAACUUCAAUUGUAGUUUCUGGAUUAUUCUCUCCAAACCCACAAAACAAUGGCGGUAAAGGCGACCAAGUCAUCGUCAAGGGUGGCCACAGAGCGGUUGUUGUUGAGUACGGCGACGACGUCGGUGACGGUAACACUAAGGUUUUAAUCAAAUCAUCCCAAGAACAUGCCAAAGACCCGGGCCCGGGCCCGGUUGAUGAGCAGAUAUCCAGGGCUGCGGCAUCGGUGGCGGGAGUGGCCCAAGAUGUGAAGGGGAAGGCCCAUGAUGUGGUAACGGGCCAGACCGGGCCGCAUGGGGCUCGGCCCAGGGAGCUUAUAUGUGAUGCUUAUGGGAAGUGUAAGCAUAAGAUUGCUGGGGUUUGGGGUAAGACGAAGGAGAAGGCUGCCGAGGCCGAGGAGGUGGUGGAGGAAGUUGUGGAGGAUGUGGUGGAUAAAGCCAAGGGUUUCGCCUCUAAGGCGGGGCGUAAAGCGGAGGAGACUGCGGAGGGUGUUCGAGAUGAUGUGAAAGCGAAGGCGAGAAGUGCUGGGGAGACUGCUGAGAGAGUGAGGGAUAAAGCAGGGGAGAAAGUGAGGGAAACAGGGGAGAAAAUGAGAGAAACAGGGGAAAAUGUGAGAGAAAAGGCAGAGAAAGUGAAGGGGAAAACAGAAGAAAUGGUGGAAGAAACAGGGGAGAAGAUUAAGGAGCAGAGCAAGAAGGGGAAGGAAGAGUUUAUCGAUAUCUCGAAGCGAGGGAAGGAAGUGGUGUUUGAUGUAAUAAGGUAUGUUAAUGGAGUUGGGUAUGUUCUAGUGAAGGAAACAAUGAGUACAUUGGUGGGUGUGAGUGAGUUACUAGGGAUAGCAACUGCAUAUGGAAUGGCAAUUUGGGUGACAUUUAUAAAUAGUCAUGUAUUAGCAGGAGUUUUGCCAAGACAACAGUUUGGGAUGGUUCAAAGUAAGAUUUAUCCAGUUUAUUUUAAGGCAAUGGUUGGGAGUAUUGGGUUGGCAUUGCUAGGACAUUUGCUAGGGCAUCAGGGUAACAUGUUUAAGAAUAAGGCUCAUAUGCUUCAGGCUUAUAAUCUUAUGUCUUCUUUGCUGUUUGUUUUGGGCAAUUUGCUGUUCUUGGAGCCUCGUGCUACCAAGGCGAUGUUUGAAAGGAUGAAGCUAGAUAAAGAGGAAGGGAGGGGAAGAGACCGCGUUAGUACGCCUACAAGAGUGAUAGACACUGUGGUAAGUGAUUCCGCUGGUGCCACUCCAACCACCACCGCCACGACUACAACCACGAUUGGCACGACAAAGACUGCACCAUCAAAAACCUCAAGAUCUGAACAGGAUAAAGCCAAGACCAAGCUUGCAGAACUAAAUGACAGACUGAAGAAACUCAACUCAUUGUCAUCUUUCUUGAAUAUCAUGACUUUAAUGGGUCUCACUUGGCAUCUUGUUUAUCUUAGCCAGCGCCUUCGCGCAAACAGCUGUUGAAUUUUCUUUCCUAAUGAAUGAAGUAUGCAUAGCUUUAGCUUAAGUUAGUCAAGUAACUUUCUGGUAGCUGUGACUUGGAGGAUGUCCAUAUAUAUGUGUCAUUACUUUGUACUUCGUAGAUGGUUUUAAUUCAAGGAUCAGGAAUGUAUGAUGUUGUUUGAUUUAUAAACUCUAACAAACUUAAUGUAGUAGUUUGUGUAGAAUAACACUUGUUCUUGGGAUUGUAAUGCAGUAAACUUUUCAGGA